AUGUACGCAGAAUAUGGCGAGUUCCGGGAUAUAAAUUUCGAACAUCUGAGAGCGCUCUUGAACGAAUACUUGAUUGAGAAAUUGAAUUAUACUGAUGUGGAGUUGAUUUCGACGCAUACUGCAAGGAAGGAACAGUAUGAUGCGCUGAAUAAACAUUCGCUUGUAGGACUGGGACCAGCAGGUGUAGCGCGAAUGCUAUAUUCUCUCACAGAAUCAAUCAGAUCUGACUGCCAGAGCAACUACACGAAAGAGGAACUCGCCGAGGAUGAGGCUGUGAAGCGGGAAGCUACUACAGCAGAAGAACACAGAAAGAGGCAAACGAGAGGUAAUGGAAGAAGAGAAAGCGAUGCAGAAAUUUUAUUUGCAGAUUCGGGUAUUGCGCUUGAUUCAGAUGACUUGGAUAUAAGUAUGUUGGAUAUCGCACUUCCAGCAAAGGGCGAUGAUGAAGAGGAGCAUGCGGGUAAAUAG